GGAAGAAGAGAAGAAGGAGGAGGAGGAAAAGGAGAAACAGGAGCAGGAGGAGAGGCAGGAGGCGCUGGGGAGGCUGCAGUGGUCGGGGCUCUGCGAGAAGAUGUGGCCCUUGGUAGCAACGCUCCUGCUUGGCACCGUGUGCGGCGGUUCUGCACAGCUGACAUUUAAUUCAACCAGAUUUGUAGAAGAAACUAUUUGCAAUGAAACUGUUGUACUUCCCUGCAUUGUUAAUAAUCUAGAAAUAAGGAAAAUUGAAGUCAUGUAUGUAAAAUGGAAACACAAAGGAAAAGAAAUUUUUACAUUCAGUGGAGAGCAAAGUAAACACAAUGCCAGUGAUAAUUUUAAAAGUGCAACAAUUCCAUUUUCACUCUUAGUAGAAGGAAAUGCUUCUUUGCUAAUGAAAAAGAGUGAUGCUAUCCCUGGGAAUUAUAGCUGUGAAGUUACAGAAUCGAACAGAGAAGGAGAAACAACAGUGGAACUAAAGUAUCAUGUGGUUUCAUGGUUUUAUCCAAAAGAAAACAUUCUCAUCGUUAUCUUCCCGAUUUUGGCUAUACUGCUUUCCUGGGGUCAAUUCGGUAUUGUGACACUUAAGUAUAAAUCCAACUGUACAAGUGAAAAAACUAUUGGAUUAAUUAUUGCUGGAUUAGCCCUUACCGUGGUUGUUAUUGUUGGGGCCGUUCUCUUUGUACCAGGUGAAUAUUCAGUAAAGAAUGCUGCUGGACUUGGUUUAAUUGUAAUCCCUACUGUGACUUUAGUGCUACUCCAAUAUUGCGUAUUUAUGACAGCUUUUGGGAUGACUCUCUUUGCCAUUGGUAUAUUGAUUCUGCAGUUAUUGGGUUACAUCUUUGCUGUCAUUGGACUAAGCCUGUGUAUCACAAAGUGUUCUCCUACGCAGGGCCCUCUCAUGAUUUCAGGCUUGGGUAUCAUUGCCCUUGCAGAAUUGCUCGGUCUAGUUUACAUGAAAUUUGUGGCUUCCAAUCAGAAGACUAUACCACCGUCUAGGAAAGCUGUAGAGGAACCCCUUAAUGCGUUUAAAGAGUCAAAAGGAAUGAUGAAUGAUGAGUAAUUGAAAAGGAAUGAUGAACUCUAAUUUGGAGGAUAGUAGAUGUGAAUGGAAUAUACUUGUGCUCAGACACCAUGGCCUGGAUUCAUUAUCUGAAGAGAAGAAAAGAAGGAAAUUCACUGGUUUGCAUCUGGGGAGGGGGGGAAGGGGACCCACCACCACCCUUAAACGGUCGCUAUGAUUAAGUUUAUAUUCAAAACAGCUAUAAUUUAAUUAAAAAAUUUAUGGAGAUGUAUAUUGUAUUGCCCAAUUGAAACUAGUUUUGGGGGAUUCAUAUUGUUCAGUAGGAAUUAAGGUAGAAGUUGUACCUUUCCAGAAUGUUACCUUUAUCAAACCCCAUGUCUUUACUUCCUGUAAUUUGCUGAAUUUUAAAAAUAUUGGUCAAAGGUGAAAUUCACCCUGUACCAGUUGGUGGCUGCUCCAAGACAUCUGUGAAACAUAAAAACCAAUGGUUUCCUUCUAACUUUGAAGAACAGAAUUCCUAGGAGUAUAUUUCACAGGCAGUGUUUAUUGGGUCACAGAAUAUUUCUGCUACUUCUGGGUCAAGAGAAAUAGAUUUUUUAAAGUCAAGUCAAAGUAUCUUACGUCUUGCAUUGCCACCUAGCAUCUGUCAUAUGCUUAUCUAUGUGAAGAGAGGCCUUCAUUCUGGAGGGAUUACUGCUUUUGCAUCUUCACUAAAUGGGAAAUGCAAUAGUCAGAACCUUCUCUAGAUUUGGGUUGUUAACUAAGGCCCUGCAGCUUAACCUUGUGAUUUUCUUGAUGUUUGGUUUUUGUUUUUCUUUGUCCCCACAAUCUUUUAAAUCCUGUCUUGUCCUCCUGUUAAUUGCUUCUGUCUUACAAGAUGUUGAGUCUUUCCUCUUCCUUGAACCAGGUUCUGUGAUAUAUUCCAAUGUAGUUGCUGAAAGGAAUGGAUCUUGUUCCCAGAGCACUGCUUUCCAGUCUUAAUUUUUUGGCGAAAAUAAAAUCAGCAUCCCAAGGGUAUCAUUCAGUGUUAUCUCACAUAGUUUUUGGUCUGGGGCAUGAAAAACCAAGAUUGAGACUUGAGCUUUGAUCUCCUGCAUGGCAGUACAGUCUAGUGCAUCACCAUCAGGCCAGCUCCUCCAGAGGGCCUUUUUUAAAACUAUUGUUGUAUCUAUGUUGCAUGGAAAAACAACUCAUCAACACCAUCCUCUUGUAUUCCCUCCUCAACCUCUCCCUUCUCUAAGACUAAAACCUUAAAAAAACACACACAAAAACCUUUCCUGCCCUGGUUUGAAGUUUACCAUUAUGGCAGCUGUGAUUGCCUGUACUUUUAGAUUAUUAGCACUCGUUUUUACCUUGUUCAUGUGUCUAUGAGUUGAGGGUGUGUGUCUGUGAGAGUAUGUGUGUCUGUGUGUUUGUGUGAUAGGCACAUGCUUAUUUCAUGUGGACAAUUGGGGUGAACACAGAGCAAAUAAUUGAUUUUCUACUUUCAGUAGUUAUUUAAAACAAAGGUAUUUAAUUAGGUAGAACUGAUCAUUAAAAUAAUUUGGUUAUUAAAAAAAAAAGUCAGUUGUCCAGCUUUGUGCUCAUCAGUACCCUUGAUUACCAGCCAUUUUCCCCGUUUGUAUAAUACAGCAGUCAUAUCUGUGGUUGCAUUGAUGAUAGUUAUUUCUUAGUCCACCGAAUGUUCCCAUGUGCCUCUUUUGUAUGCUAGUUCAAUACUACUCAACUUAAUUUUCAUAUUUCAUGUUGGGACCAAGUGGUUUGUCUUUGGCAAACCAAAAUUUAAUGACCUUUUGAUGCCUCAAAAAAAUCAAGACACUUUUUACAAAGCCAGCUCUAUUUUUCUUUUAUACUUUGUCAUUUUUCCUUCCCACACUUUGUGGUGUUACUCAAAAUAUUGGCUAACAUAGAGGAGCUAGGUUACAGGAAGUCCAUCAGUUCCUGCUGCUCUUCUUUCCCCUGAGUUAUUUCUACUUUGGGAGUAUAAAGGGGGAAUCCAUAUUGUUAAAACUGAAAAAUAGCUAAAGCAGAUGAAAUUGCAAAAGUUCAAAUCUCUAUUUUUUAAAAGAAUAGCCAGGUAUGAGGAUUUUUCCAAUGAAUUCCUCACUAAACUGCCAUUGUCCUUUUUUUUUUUUUUUUUUUUUUUUUUUAAAUAUAGUGAACUCUCAAUAUUUCAGAGAUGGUUAUGCAGGAAGUAUCCUUAUUUUUGUAUUCUCCCUAUUUCUACCUGCCUUUGGGGCUUUUCACUGCCACCAAAGCAACUCCAUCAGAAAGUGGCAGCCAGAAGAUUGUGAAGAGGAAAUUAAUUAGUCAUGUUUGUCUAAGGCAUGUGAUAUAAUGGUUAGCACAUCGGUGCUUAAUAAAUGCUUGCUUACUGAUUCUCAAGCAGCUCUGGAAGAGGUUUGACCAGGGGGAGGACAUUGAAACCACCAGCCAGAGUAGUUUUGUGUUUUUUUUAAUAUCCAUGUAUUCAUUUUUUUACAAAAAAACUCUGUCUUCCUUAGGUUUCCAUAUUGCAUUUAUCACUUAAGUCUUUUUUAUUCCUGCCUCCAUAACACUGUCUAGAUUUCCUUUCCUCUCUUCAUUCCCAUGUGGUCUUAACCAUAUGACAUUUCAACUACUAAAAUAUACCGAACACCUAUCAUGUAUCUGUUAUUCUUAUUAGCAUUUACCAUGUUUUUAUUAUUUUUAUUAAGCACAUUACCCCUUGGAGGAAUCAUGUAGAGGAAUGAGUACUGAACUGAAAUCAUGAGAUCUCAGUUUUAGUCUGCCACUGUGUGACUCUAGGAAAGUGAUUUCCUUGAACUUCAGAUUUUUUGCUUAUCUGUAAAAUGGGUGGGUGGGUAUAUAAAAAUAUUUGAAAUGAUUUCUGAGUUUUUUUAAUCACCUCUAAUAUAGUUCUACUCAGUUUCCCAGCAGUUUUCUUGGCUAUCUUUAGCCAUUUCUAUUUAUUUGGUCUAUAUACCUCAACAGGAAUCAUAUUUCUUGCUCAUUAUUUUGAUCAAAUUGUUCUUAAACAUCUGUUCCCAGUUACUUUAAUGCUUCAGAAGAUCUAAUGGUUUCUCCAACUCUAUUCACCUAUUAGUUAUUUUCUUUUUUAUUCUUUGUCCAACCUAUCCUCAUGUACUGAUUUACUAUAACCUUGGGUACAGUUCUUUCACUCCCUUUUCUAACCUUUAGCAUUUAAGCCCUUACUUAUGAAAUACCUUCCCCUUUACCCACCUUCCUCACCUGCCUAUAUACCACCUUUCUUCUUCAGAUUCACAGAUUGAUCAUCCCUUUUCUUUAUCUUACUAACAAAAUCCUUAUUUACUUAGUACUUAUGUAUGUAUGUCUAUACAACUAUUUAUGGGUAUACCUUGUUUUAAGUAAAUCCAAUAUAUAAAACUUCAGAAAGUAAAUAUGGAAAUUAUUCCUCUCUAAAGAAGUUCCCUUUUGGUGAAUUCAAAAUAAUUUAGUGGACAUUACCUUUAAGGUGCAGACAGAGCUGCAGCAUGUUGAAUUAUACAUACCCACACCCAUACAUGCACAUACAUAUUAAGAUAUUUUUCCUGUAUCUCCCAGUAGAUAUUUCAGGAGAAUAAACAAUCAUUUUCUUUAUUUCUCCCCACAGUGCCUAGUUCAAUGCUUUGCACACAGUAGAUAGUAAUUUGGGUUGGUAAUCAAGAGUUGGCUAUAAUUAAAUUUUUUUCCCCCUUCAGACUCUUAUUAAAGUAAAUAAGAGUUUUUUCUGUUGACAAGUUUUGUGUUAUGGAAAUCUUAAAAGGUGAUUUUUUUUUUUUUUUAAACAUGAACCUUUAGGUCAAAUUCCCCCCCCCCCCCAAAAAAAAAUCAUUAGAAUGUUACAACUUUUUAAAAAACAGGGGAGCUUUCCUGUCAGUGUAAAGGAAAUGAAUAACUCCUUUUAGUAAGAGGCCAAUUUCAAAGCACUUAAAUAAUCCCCUUGAGGUCUGAGAGAGUGGUGGUAGAGUCCCAUCUUAUUGUUUCCAAAUUCUCUUCACUUUUCUUAACUACAACAACAAAAAAAGAAUUAGUGGUACUUUUUGUGGUCUCUGUGGAAAAAAAAAUACUACAUAUAUCCACCAUUCAUUCAUCUGUUUGUGAAAACCAGGAAAAAAAAAUAUUUGUAGGGCAGCUCUAUAUGAUUUUUAUUUGUGUUUUGUUUGGUGUUUUUUUGUUGUUGUUUUUGCAAUGUCUGUUGUAUUUAUGUGCAUAUUAUAGGGAAAGAUUGCAAAUAGCAAUCAUCUACUAUUCCUCCCAAGCCCAUUUAGAUCCUGAGUUUGGCUGUUCUCAUAUGUCAGUGAAUAUAAUCCAAUUAAUCCAUGGAAGGAGACAGCAAUAAACAGGAAGUUUUUCUGAUGCUAAAAUGUUAGUACCUGCCUUAUAAGGGGAAGCAUGUGCCUGAGGCUCUUGAUCAUAAUGGCUAUAUACUCUGGCUUUAUUUAAAAUGUUUCUCACAAAUUCAGUCUUUUCAAAAAAAAAAAAAAUCACAUUUAAUGGACUUCCUUGUAAGGCAACAGCAGUGGAACCUUAAAGUCUUGUGAUAGGGGUUGGUGAGGACGAGAAGCAGAUUUUUAUUUUUAAUUAAAUGAAGCAUCAUUUACAAAAAGCCAUUGUCAAAAAUUGGAUCCCACGUGUUGUAAAUAUCCAUUAACCAUUCUAAAUGAAGAAAACUUCAGUUUUGCUAUGUACAAAGGCCCUUUUGGGGGCUUUUCUGUAUAGCAAUUAAAGGUGUGCUAUUUGUCAGUAGCCAUUCUUACAGUGAUUUAAAAACCAAAGUUGUUUUACAGCUGUGUUGUUACUGUCAGUUUUUUUUUUUCUUUUUCUUUCUCUUUUUUUUUUUUUUUUUUGGUUUUUAAUAUGUAUUAAAUCAAUUUGUCGCUGUUUGAAGCUUUGAAAAUCUGCAAUCUUUGCCAAGGUAUUUUUUUUAUUUAAAAAAUAACUUUGUAAAUAUUUCCCUGUAAUAUUAUAUAUACUUAAUAAAACAUUUUAAGCUGUUUUGGUGAGCUGCCUAUAUUACCGCUGUAGUGGACUACAAAAAUACAACCAUGUGUAAUUUGAAGGGAUGUGAAUUUUCAAAGAUUUAAAUGUUGAGAAUGAGAUAGUGAUUGGAGGGGGAGAGUAAUGAUUAUUGAUUUAUAGAUACCAUUUCAAAAUGUAUGAGGGAGAGUUAAUAACCAAGGUGAAUCUCCGUUCUCAUAAACAUAAUGUAUGUAUUACUACAUUACCUCAUUAUAGUUGAAUGUGUGAUGCUUAUAUUUGCUGCAUUAUAAAAAUGGCAAUGUUUUUGAUCAUGUUCCUAAAAUAAAGUAUUUUGAAGAUCAAAUUCAUCCUAGUUACUGACUCACCCUCAUAAAUAAUCUGGAAAAAGAUGGGAAUGGAGUAACAAAUUACUAAGAGGGAAAAAAAAGUAUUCUUGAGACUCAUUUUAUUACUUAUUCUCUGUUUCUGUGGCAUAUUGGAAGGGAUACUCUACAAGAUAUCCCUAAAGUCUUAGCGCAAUUUUAAGCUAUUAAAGCUAAACUAGCUUUUUAAACUUUUGGAAUACCUUAUACUGGGAGAAGAUAUGGGUUCCAGUCCUUUACGUCACGAGCUUCCUCUAUUCCUGGUCCUGUAUGUGCAUUUUUAGAUAUUUUCAAUAGAAAAAUAUUUGGAGAGAAACUAUCUUAUUCCUUACCUAGUAGGGAAUUUAAUUUUUAUGUGUCUAAGGACUUUUUUCACUGUCAGCAGGGUGGCUCUAAUGGAGCUCAGAAAGCAUUUAAUGGUCUGCCUCCUGCCCUGAAAGUUGCCAUGUGUAGCACAGAACUGUACUCAAUAUGAUUAGAACACCCACUGAGACGUAGGUCUCUUUGAAUGAAGCUGAAUUGGAUUUUUGGGCAGCACCUUUCAGACUCAAGGUAUCAAGUAUGACAGCUUCAGAAAAUAAUAGAUUGUGAUAACACUGAUCACAUAAGACAUGAUUUCACCAAUUACUCAAACACAAAUUUAAGCAAAAUUAGAAGUGGAUUGAGUGUCAGAAGAAGGAGGUUUAGGAAUUUGGUUUCUAGUUUUUGUUUUAAAUAAGGCUCAUGCUAAUCAGCCCAUUGCUCAGCAAAACAUUUAGAGUCUGUCAUUUUAAUUGCCAGAAAAAAAUAAACAUGAUUUCCAACCUAAAA